AUGAAAACUCAGCUCGACAUCUUCUCUGUUCAAAUAGUCUCAAAGUACUUUAAUAAAGCGAAUGAUUAUCUUAACAUAAUUCAAGUCUGUUCUAAAUUUAAGAACUUACUCGACCGAUUUCGGUAUAACCCAAUACCAAUCAGUUCAAUGAAACUCUUUCCGUGCAUUCAAACGCAAUACCUCUACUCUGAGAAUGACCAAAUUUUCCUCCCAAAGCGUUCAGUCGUUUGUUACGAAAUUGCUCUUUACAAAAUUAGAUAUUUUUCAGAACCACUUUUAAGACCACCAAAACACGUUGUUUUCACUAAAUCGGAUUCUUCUGAAUUCUUCUCUGAGACCAUUGCGGAUGUCCCGGAGAUCGUUUCCGUAUACGGUCCAAGUGGGUUCUCGCGAAAUUUGGUAAGUGGGGACGUUGACAUCCCAAAUAGGAUCACAAAAAUAGAGGAAGCGGCCUUCUCUGGGAAUUCGGCGAUACACGCUGUUAAUGUGCCAAGCACUAUUUUUGACAUCCCACCGAGCGUGUUUUAUGGGUGUUACAACUUAAGGAGUGUGCGACUUUCAGAGAGUGUGACUUCUAUUGGCGCCUGUGCCUUUGAAAAUUGCAGAUUCGACAAAUUUGAUAUGCCAAAAGGAGUGAAAUAUAUCGGAAAUGUGGCAUUUUAUGGAUGUUCGGUGUUGAGUGAAAUCACAAUUUCUGAUGCCGUUAAAGUGAUUAAUAGAAACACUUUUGCGUAUUGUAAUUCGCUGACCCGUGUAAUUCUCCCACUAAAUUUGGUUGCUAUAAAAAUGAACGCCUUCCAUAAUUGUGUAAAUUUGAGUACUAUAAAAAUACCACAGAAAGUUAUUUUUAUCGAAAGUGAAGCGUUUUUAUAUUGUUCCAAUUUAAGGGAAAUUGAGAUCCCAAAAAGGUGUUUAGUCCAACACUCUGCGUUUAAACAGUGUUUUAAUUUAACUCAAUUGAAUGUUCCAAAUAUCAAUGGCUUUUUGUUGAACAAAAUUAACAAAGAGGAAAUUAAAAUAUAUAAAGAAUUGUACACUGAAUUUGAAUGCAAAAAGGACGUGUUUUUGGAAGAAAAGGUACACACAACAAAUUUAAAUAUAAAUCCAACAAAUAACACUAAAAUAAUACAAAACAUGAAUUUAAUGGUAAAUUGUUUAAAAAAUAAUGUGAGUUUAUCCAAAAUUGUAUUACAAAAUGUGAAGAAAUUGGGAGAAAAUUGCUUUGAAAAUUGUUUUCAUCUUUCUGAAAUUUCAGGGCUGAAAGAUGUGAUAAAAAUAGGAAACGAAUGUUUUAAAAAUUGCGAAAAGUUGAGUGCCAUAGAGUUGAGUCCAACAGCUUCUGUUGGUGUCAACUGUUUUUGUAAUUGCACAUCGCUCAAAACACUUGAAAUUCCAAAUAUAGACAAAGUUGUUUAUUUUAAAGUUUCUAAUUAUGAUUGUGACGUUUUAGAGCGAUUUGGUUACACAUUCAAAUUGAUUCGCUUGAUUUUUGAUGAUUUGGUUGACAUUCACAAAUAUGAAAGUAAACAAUUUGAAACCGUUGAAUUUGAGUGGAUUGGUAAAUACAACAAUAUUCAAUUCCCAUCACAUUUUGUUAUUCCCAAAAAUGUCACAAAAAUUGGAUCAUUUUUUUUCUCAGGAAAUAACGUUCAGUCAAUCAAAAUGUGUGGGGUUAAAGAGAUCGGUGAUUUUUGUUUCUCUAAUUGCAUUGCAUUGACAAAUAUAGAAUUUCCAUCUUCGUUGACCAAAAUCGGAGAUUCUGUGUUUUUCAAUUCUCUCACCAAUUUAAAAAAUUUCGCAUUUCCAAAUCCGGCGAAUGUAAACAUAAAAACAUUUGAUGGUUUUGUCAAUGAAAUUCAGGCCGAAAAGUUGAGUGAAUUGCAUGUUGUGUGUCCAAAAGUGAAUUUUGGAGAAAACUUGUUUUGUGACGAAGAGCAAAAGUUGUAUGGGAACGUUACUUUUAAACAAAAACAGCAGACUGAACUUUUGGAAGUCAAAAGUGGAUUUCAAAUAAUUGGAAGACAAUGUUGUUAUUAUUGGGAAUAUUUGCAAAGUGUUGUUCUCCCUUUUGGAAUUAAAGAAAUACAAAAUUCGUCAUUUAAAAAUUGUUACAGUUUAUCACACAUAGAUUUGCCAAAUACACUCACAAAAAUUGGGAAAUUGGCCUUUAAAGACAAUUUUUCUCUUCAACAAAUCGAACUUCCUAUUUCGGUAAUAAGUGUUGGGAAGAAAGCAUUUUACAAUUGCAGAACACUUUCAAAAAUUGUUUCAACAAAAAUUGUUUUUAAAAAGAAAAAAGUUUUUGCAAAAUGCGUUUCACUUGUGGAUUUUCAAUUUGUAAAAUCUGAUGACUUUCCAAGUAAAUUUUUGUGCCAAAAAUACAGAAAAACGUUUAAAAUGAAUUUUGAAAUGAAACACGUUGAGAUUCCAGAAGAAGUGGAAUUUAUAACAAAUUGUUCAUUCACAGGGAUGUGUAGUUUAAUGGAUAUAAAAUUGGAUAAUGUUAUUUCACUUGGAGACUUCGCAUUUUCCAAUUGUAUUUCACUUUCCAAAAUUGAAUUUGUAAGAAAUGCGAAAUUGGAACAUAUUGGAGCAUUUUGUUUCUUUAAUUGUACUAAUCUUCUUGAUAUCAAUAAAAUCGAUUACUCAAAAGUAAAAUUUAUUGGGAAAUUUGCUUUUAAAAACUGUUUCAAAAUUGAGAGAGAAGUUUUGAAAAAUUUGACACAUAAUGCAUUUGAAAACAUUUUUGGAGAUUCACAAAAUACUCAGACAAUAAAAUAUUAUAAAGAAGAAGAAAAUCUAUUUGAAGAAGUUAUUGAAGACUCUGGUAAUUUGUGGAGUGGUGACAUUAUAAGUAAACGAGUUCACUUCAAAAAAAUAAUUUAA